AUGAGUUUUGAUUCAACCUCUUCUAAGAAGCUUAAUUUAGACAAAGCGAAUAAUUUCAUGAGACAAUUCAGAGACCCUGACUCGAGAGAACUGAAGAAACUAUCGGCCAAUCAAUUUAUGGAAGUGUGGAGCCAUUACGACAGAGACGGUAAUGGCUACAUCGAGGGAACAGAGUUGGACGGCUUCUUGAAGGAGUUUGUUUCCAGCGCUAACUUCAUCGAUGUCAGUCCAGACGCCGUAUCCGACGCGAUGCUCGUUGAGCUCAAAGCAUGCUUCAUGGAGGCCUACGACGACAAUCAGGAUGGCAAGAUAGAUAUACGAGAGCUAGCUCAACUGCUGCCGAUGGAGGAAAACUUUCUUUUAUUAUUCAGAUUCGACAAUCCGUUGGAGUCCAGUGUGGAGUUUAUGAAGAUCUGGCGAGAAUAUGACACGGACGGCAGCGGAUACAUCGAGGCUGAUGAACUCAAGAAUUUUCUUCGCGAUCUGUUAAAGGAAGCGAAGAAGAUCAAUGAUGUAUCUGAAGACAAACUUAUAGAAUAUACAGACACAAUGCUCCAAGUGUUUGACUCCAACAAGGACGGGAAGUUACAACUCUCUGAAAUGGCAAAAUUGCUGCCAGUAAAAGAAAACUUCCUUUGCAGACAGGUCUUUAAGGGGGCGACAAAAUUAACAAAAGAUGAUAUCGAAAGGGUGUUCUCGUUAUAUGAUAGAGACAACAAUGGCUCAAUAGAAAACGAAGAACUGCGCGGAUUUCUAAAAGAUCUACUAGAGUUAGUUAAGAAGGAUUAUGACGCUCAAGACUUGUUAGAAUUUGAAGAAACGAUCCUUCAAGGUGUAGAGUACAGCAGUGACGGCAAAAUCAGCAGGAAACAACUCACAAUGAUACUGCUGGCACUGGCAAAACACCACCAAGAAGAAGAACCAGGAAGCCCAUAA